ACUUGAGAGUCGACCGGUGCGAGACGAGGACGUCUGUGUUUACACAAAUCUACCUUCUGCUUCGCCCGUUCGCCCUUCGGGUUUCAUCUAGUUGCGGCAAUAAUACAUCACAUCGGCAAUUAUACAUCUACACCAAGAAUACGUCACACCAGCAAUAUCCACAAGUUAUUUAGGCCUGCUUUUUGGUUACCUUAUCAUUAAUUUCAACGUGCCUUGCACCAACUUCCUACUGGUAUGGAGAACGUAGAGUCCAUGGAAGUGGACGACGGCUUGAGCAAAGGCAAGGCCCCCGAUGCUAACGACGUCGCGGGCGAUUCCUUGGAGGCGCUUCCAAGUAAACCGGAAGUGUCUUCAGAGACAACCCUUGCAAAGGGUCCGGGUAACGCAAUUCCCAAGGCGCCAAUUGCUGGCACUCCCCUAUCUCCUUCGAGGAAAGUGGGUAGAGUGAAGCGGGGAAUUAUGUGCCCCUUUAGGGGGUGUAAGGUUGUCCUCAGAAGGGACAAAUUAGCUAACCACUCAUUUAGGUUUCAUUUACCCCUAUGUUUUAAGAUGGAAUCCUCUGAGUCUUGGCAGAAGAUGCGUGGCCUGCGCAUCAAUGCUCUGUUUACUCUUUCACAAGAGCUUGGAGUAAGAGGGCUAAUAGGGUUGUUUGAUUUCUUAUUCAAAAGGUGGAAUUGUUCGAUUAAGACUCAAUUUCAACUCGAGCUUGUCGAUGACAUGAUACACCUUUCGAGAGAAUAUGGCUGGCAUAUACCUCCUCGGUUUAACUUGUCACCACCAAAUUCACCGGCAAUUCUCAUUCAUUGGCGUCCCUUGCUAUUUUUGGUAGGCCAAUUACCUCGCACCAGACAAAUUUGGUUCAAGAACAGAUUCUCAGUUCUCUCCGUUCCUUCUAUAAAAAAGGAGCAGGUACCACCUCCCCAAGAAUGUCAGCACAAACCAGCGACACAAUCAGCGCCAAUUGCUGCUCCACCAGUGGUGCGUACGUGCAGUUCUGAGAUUCCAAUUGCGCAUUCACAAUCUGCGCCAAUUGCAAUGACCAUUCCUGCUAGUGCGGGCGUGGCAACCUCUACCUCGCCAGCAAGGCCUGCGCCAAUUGCAAUGACCAUUCCUGCUAGCGCGGGCGUGGCAACCUCUACCUCGCUAGCAAGGCCUGCGCCAAUUGCAAUGACCAUUCCUGUCAGUACGGGCGUGGCAACCUCUACCCUGCCAGUAAUGCCGUCAAGGUCUGCGCCAAUUGCAAUGACCAUUCCUGCGAGUGCGGGCGUGGCGACCUCUAUAUCAGCAGCGAUGCCGUCAAGAUCUGCGCCAAUUGCAAUGACCAUUCCUGCAAGUGCGGGCGUGGCGACCUCUAUCCCAGCAGCGAUGCCGUCAAGAUCUGCGCCAAUUGCUAUGUCUGGUCCUGAUGAGUCAGGACCUGCUCUAACAGCUUUUGACGCACAUUAUCACCCUGACCGUUUGAGCGCACAUCUCGGGCAUGUUACGGAAGAACAGUUAGCACCGCCCCGUGUUCCGGUCAGAGUUAUAGGAGGCGUUAUGAAUUUUUGUGACCCAGGGACGUACAGCCAAAUGCCGCGUUUAGUUGGGCAUCCUUGGCAUCUUGCUAUUGGAAUUCACCCUUCGCGCGCAGGUACAUACACUGCAGACGAUUUCGCAUACCUUGAGCAGACUUUGUCAUCUCGUCGGGUCUCAGGUAUUAGUGAAGUAGGGUUGGAUUACAAUCUUGAUCCAAGCACAUGGGAUUCCCAGAUGCGUCUUCUAAAUCGCAUUUUAGAACUGGGCACUUUAGGUUAUGUCCUUAUUAUGCACAUUCGGGGACCUAAGGGAAACCCGGACCUUACUCGUUUGGUAUACCGCAAGGUAUUCAAGCAGGUAAGGUUGUACUGUUCCGUUUAUCAGCGGAUCCACUUACAUAGCUUUUCGGGCGAUCUAGAGACUAUGAACGAAUGGGUAUCUAAUUUCCCAAAAUGCUAUGUAAGUUUCUCCGGAUUGUUGCGUGUAUUCACGUCGGAUCAGCUUAGCGCACUGCGGCACUGCCCGUCAGAACGACUGCUGAUCGAGACGGACUCACCAUAUUUGCCCCUCAGGACUAAUGUGGGAGUGAAUACACCCAACUAUAUUGGAGAUAUAGCGGCUGCAAUUGCUGAAAUAAGAAAUGUUCCUCUCAAGGAAAUUCUGCAGAGGACCAGCAGAAAUUGUAGGCUCUUGUACCUAGGUGUACAUGAAAGCAGCACCUAGAUACAGGGAAGUAAUUUUGUACAUACCUUUUUUGUCUUUGGUUUGUUUUUCUUUUACAAGAAAGAUCAGAGUUUGAUCUAAAUACCUGUAAAAUUGCAAUGAAAAGUGCAGAAUAUGACAGGUAAAAUAUUGCAACAAAUACAGCAAAGACAAAUUGUAUCAACUAAUUUUCUGUUAGUACUUGUGCUAAAACUACACAUGAGUACAAAGAAAAGAAUACCUUUAACCUUAUUUUUUAUUAUUAAUAUGCAGGCAAAUUGUUUUUUAAGGGAUUCCCUGGUAGUCUCGGUAUUGGUAUCAAGUGAAUCUUGUGAUCGCAAGUUUGGGAAUCAAAAUAUUUCAAAAGUCACAUAGAUACAAAACCCCUUGGACCUUUACUUGAGAGCUGGUUAGGUAUUUAAGAAAAAAAAUAUAUAUAUAUAUAUUAGACUAAAAGAUACAGACUUGUGACGUGUUAAUCUACUAGUCCGAACACUUAUUGAGGGAUUCUCUUUCCUGAUAUUUAAUACUAAUCCAUGAGCGCGACAGUAGAUUAAUAUAUGCGUUCUUACCUUAUUUGGAAUCAUUGCGACCCGUACAAGGGCCAUGAUCAAAUUUUUGGAUACUACCCGCUUGAGGGUUUAUUUUUCUAUCCUUAAAUUAAAAGGCGACAACGCUGUCCUAAAGUCGGGGGGAGUGUGGUCGUAAGUGCCUAAGACCACAGGGUAUGGGUAGCUUGCACGCGCGCGUCCCAAAAUGGGGAGAUCGCGAACGGACGGCCGUACGUUCGCAAGGGGCCUUGCCUGCGUGGAAGCCAUCUUCAUCACUUGAGAGUCGACCGGUGCGAGACGAGGACGUCUGUGUUUACACAAAUCUACCUUCUGCUUCGCCCGUUCGCCCUUCGGGUUUCAUCUAGUUGCGGCAAUAAUACAUCACAUCGGCAAUUAUACAUCUACACCAAGAAUACGUCACACCAGCAAUAUCCACAAGUUAUUUAGGCCUGCUUUUUGGUUACCUUAUCAUUAAUUUCAACGUGCCUUGCACCAACUUCCUACUGGUGAGUAUAUCUGUGAACCUUCCUCCUGUUAACCUCACUUUCCACUCUUUCCCUCACAGGUGAUAUAUAUACAUAUUAGCCAUAAAAAUUACUACACUGCACUGCACAGCGGAGAUCGAUAAUCGACGCCCCGGAUCGACCGGUGGAAUCGCAUGAAAUAUUAAUUUUUUCCAUAUCCUGUGGGUAGAUUUACAAAGACAUCUCGUCCUUUCAGUGCAGAGUUAAUUUCAUCGACUUGCAAAUCCUUAAAUCGGUCAAUAUUCAGCGUUUUAGAGGCAUAUUCAGUGCUUUUUUAUAUUUCGUCGUCACUCUUCGCCAAGAAUCCAAGCCAGGCCCAGGGUCGCCAUUCAAGAGGAGCUCAUGAAUAUUUAAUAUGACAUCAAAGCAGCUCGCGCUCUUAUUGGAUGAUUUUCACCGACCAGUUUUUGGUCGGUGAAUUGGUAAAAACAAUAAAAAACAAAAGAAAGUCGGCGAAAUUCGGUACAGAUGUCAAGAGGCCCUGUCUCGCGGCGCUCUGCUUCGCUCUCUCCCGUGCUUUGCCAUGUUCGCUCGGAAAGCAGCCGACAGGGCCUCGACAAGAGGCUACUGUCGAUGCGGGUUUCCGCCAUCACGAACUCGUAGCCUAACACUACAGGGAAUAAGAUCUAAGUUUUAUUUUUAGCCCUUACCUUUAGCUCUUCCGACGGAAAAUACAUCGUUUGAAAUUGGGAUAAUGAUACCAUCUUCUUCACUUAUGCAGACGAAUUGUGCCCACGGGCUGUUGUUUGCCAUUUUUCAAGGAAAUUUCUAAUGAGUUAUCGGUCUCAAGAACUCUCAGUCAAUCUUCAGCCAGG